GUGUGUGUGUUGGUGGAGGAGGUUGGAGCCGCCAGUCGGUCACAGUUGCUCAGCUGCCUCCGUGUUGGUUGUACGUCACCCUCCCACCCGCUCGGUCCGCUCCCACCCCCUCAUCCUUCUCGCCCCUCCACUCUACAACCUUCCCUUAGAGGAGACUUGUUUGUGAAGAAAAGGAUUACUUUAUAACAUGUAUGGAACAGUGUGGUGAUAACGUGAAUGGGUUGUAUCAUAAGACCCGAGUUGACGUAGAAGCUGCUUAUGAGUGAGCGUCUUGUUGAAUGACCCGGGACGAAGCUGGCGUGGCUCUUACAGGAAGGAACCAAAAGUGUGACUAGGAGGAACUUGUGCGCGGACUGAGGGAAGGGCAAGGUGAGUCUUCCUACCCGCGCCCUCUGCAGCAGCCCCCGUCCCGCGCCACACAGACCAGGAUGAGGACCGCCCGGGCCUUACUGCUGUGCUGCCUCGCUCUGGUGUCACAGGGCCGGGCGGAAGGGGACCUCAACGCCCUGGACUCCGCCUCCCUCCCGGUGGAGCAUCGGGGUGGCGAUCCCUAUGGCCCGCCACUCCUAGGGCCACCCAUAGGUGGUGGUGGACAUCUGUCAGCGCCCCAGAGUGACGCGUGGCCUGUCGACCACCAAGACAUGAAUACCAUUAAGAACCUGCAGGUACAAUGUGAAAAGUCCUUCAUGAGAGUAUCUGUGGAAUUCGAGCGUCCCUUCUAUGGCAUGAUCUUCAGUAAAGGCUAUUACAGCGAUCCGAAUUGCGUCCACGUCCAGCCAGGCACAGGUCGACUGCAGGCCCAGUUUGACAUCUACCUGAACAGCUGCGGCAUGACCACGUCCUCCAACGGGGAGAACUACGGCCAGCCCACGCCCACCGGCACCUACAUCGAGAAUACAGUCAUCGUCCAGUUUGACCCUCUGGUGCAGGAGGUUUGGGACGCAGCAAGGAAGCUCCGUUGCACCUGGUACGACUACUAUGAAAAAUCCGUCACCUUCAGGCCUUUCCAGGUGGACAUGCUCAAUGCCGUUACCGCGAACUUCCUGGGCGACAACCUGCAGUGCUGGAUGCAGAUCCAAGUGGGUAAGGGUCCCUGGGCCUCCGAGGUUUCUGGCAUCGUCAAGAUUGGACAGACCAUGACAAUGGUCUUGGCAAUCAAGGAUGAUGAAAACAAGUUCGACAUGAUGGUAAGGAACUGCGUGGCUCACGAUGGCAAGCGGACCCCCAUCCAGCUGGUGGACGAGCGUGGCUGUGUCACUCGGCCUAAAAUUAUGGGCCGCUUCCAGAAGAUCAAGAACUUUGGAUCCUCAGCUUCUGUAGUUUCAUACGCAUAUUUCAAAGCCUUUAAGUUCCCUGAGCACAUGAACGUGCACUUCCAGUGUGUGAUUCAGGUGUGUCGCUACAGCUGCCCAGAGCCCCAAUGUGGCGGCAUUGGUAUUGGUUAUCAAGGAGCAGGCAGCGAAACCCACACUCAAGUUGUUCCAGGUCCCAGUGCACGCCCCGAUCCACGUCUUCCCGCUCACGCCUCUGAACGUAAAUCAGAUGAUGAUGAAGGCAUUCUUCCAGAAGAGGACAAUGAUGAUGGCCGAGCCAUUCCUUAUCCCUUGGGUCUCUCCCUCAAGCCAACCAGUGUCAACUUCCCACCUGGUUACCCAAAAGUUAACCGUCAAGGACCUGCCUCUGAUAUUGCUGGACGACCUCGCGCUCUAGAACUCGAGAUUCCCAAAGAUGACGGUCGCAGCCGGAGGUCCGUUGUUUCCCAUGUGUAUCGACGAGAGACCCAAGAAAUGAAAGAUGUGCCGACUGAGAGGGUCAUCCAGGUAGUGGCUGCUGGAGACGUGGCCUUCAACCUCAAUGAGGCAAACGAGACUGUCGUCUUUACUGAAUCUAUGGAUAAUACAUCCAAUAUAUGCAUGUCCGCGAUUGGGUUCACUGCGGGUUUGGUAAUGAUGUUGCUGGUGCUGACCAUCGCCUGUAUAGUGGCGUGCUUCCUCUACACGCGUGUGCGAGCUUUCAAUGCAAAGGGCACCGUCACCACCUUUGUCCAGGGCUAUGACAACCCCGAGUUUGUGAAGGUGGCCGGCGGUAACUGAGCCACACGACCCCUUACAACAGUGCCAUAACGCCGCCCCAACGCCCAAACACCUCAUUACAGGCGACUUCCUUGCCCGCGCCUCCUCUGACUGGUCUCUUUUUGUCAGACGCAAGCUGACGCCCGGACUGCCGCUGCCGUCGCCUUCCGGGGCCUAAGUGGCGGUGGGUUGGGCAGGGUGGUGAUGGCUUUCUGACUGUCGUCUGUUAAUUGGUCAUUCCUAUUUCUAAUUACUUCUCAGUUCCGUGUAUUUUUCCAAAGUCAAUAUAUUUGCAUGGCCCCUGACACUUAAUGGCUUGAGUAAUACAGUAAUAUCGUUCAGUGGUAAAUUUCAGCUUUAGUCACAAAUUUGCCCCAUUGCCAGCGUACUUACUAACAAUUCUAUCAAUAACUCAAACCAUUAUAGCUUUAUCUAUAGUUACCAAAGCCACGCUGUCUCCGCCUCCAUGGCGGCAGCAACUGUAGUCGGCUAAGAUGCUCGAAGUCGACUCUGUAUCUAGGGGCCAUCACCUCGAGCUUGUGAUAGGACUUUAUUUUGUUCUACAUCCUUUUGUUCUUUACUUAUUAUUAAGUUAAAAUGCUGUUAUUAUUAACUGGAAUUAGCUGGUCUUAUUCCGUAUCAUUUACAAUUCGUUUUGCACUUGGACUUUAAGCUCAGCACAUCCUCAGCCCUCGUAAGAAACAAUGUGCAGUGUGAGACGAGUGUUCCUCGCGCAUCUGUAAGGAGUCACUUUCGUCAGGUGUUCGUGUAUGAUAAAGACAGAUGUGUGCAGCCCCCAAAAGCCCCUAGGCGCGCCGCGUCCCCCAUGACCUCAACAAGGCAUCCCUAAGUACAGGCGUCUCACAGUCCGGCUCAAGGCUUCUUAAUUAAUAGUCUUGUUCUCAGGUGCCUUGAGCUGAACACAGUGGCAGAGUGAGUAUCUUACACACACUAGUACUGAGCCUCAGAGGACACGAUGACAACUUACUAUGUAGCUUGUGACAACGUUCUUGAGGGGCGCUGGCACGUACACUUCCGUGCUGGCGACGGGCUGCUGCUGUCAGUCUUUACCAAGCAUUAGUGUGUGUGUGUGUGUGUGUGUGUGUGUGUGUGUGUGUGGAAAGACAACUUGCACUGGACCACAGGAGGUUUCGCCUCUUGAAAGCGUUACUCCUGAAUUUUAAAUAUUUCCUGUGGGUAUUUUCAAUAUUUAUUGUAAAUACAUAAUUUUAUUUAUUAGUUGAAUGUAA